GGAAGGAAAAUAGAAUUAAAAAAAGGCGAGGAAAACCGAAAGCCUUCGAAAAUGGUGGCGCUCACCUCCUUAUCCCCUGGGCCACCGCGCCCUUCUCCGUCUCCGGCGACUCCUCGCCGCCGGCCGCCGGCGCCGAAACCUCAUGUCUAUGCCUCGUCACGUCGUCGCGGGAGGAUCCUACGCGCCGCGACUGCCGCGGCCGCCACGCCUGGCGCUGACGACUACCACUCCACCAUCCGCUCCCUCAACUCCCGCGGCCGCCACGUCCCCCGAAAAUCCCUCGGGCAGAACUACAUGCUCAACUCCAAGGUGAACGAGGAGCUGGUGGCGGCGGCCGGGGUGGAGGAGGGGGACGUCGUGCUCGAGAUCGGCCCGGGCACCGGCUCGCUCACCGCCGCGCUGCUACAGGCGGGCGCUACCGUCUUCGCCGUCGAGAAGGACAAGCAUAUGGCUACCCUCGUUAAAGAUAGGUUUGGAUCUACAGAACAGUUGAAGGUCAUCGAGGAAGACAUCACAAAAUUUCACAUCCGUUCCCAUUUUCUUCCUUUCAUGAAGGAGAAAUACCAUGCCACCAAAAAACUUGCAAAGGUUGUAUCAAACUUACCAUUCAAUGUCAGCUCCGAAGUUGUCAAACUACUACUCCCAAUGGGGGAUGUUUUCUCUGUCGUGGUGCUUAUGCUUCAGGAUGAAACAGCGGUACGCCUUGCUGAUGCUUCAAUACAAAUUCCGGAGUACCGACCUAUCAACGUGUUUGUGAAUUUCUACUCAAAACCUGAAUACAAGUUCAGAGUGGACAGAGAGAAUUUUUUCCCUCGGCCAAAGGUUAAUGGUGCUGUUAUCAGCUUCAAACUAAAGAAUGCGGAGGAGUAUCCGCCAGUUAGUUCCCCCAAAAGCUUCUUUUCAAUGGUGAAUUCUGCUUUCAUGGGGAAGCGCAAGAUGCUUAGAAAAUCUCUUCAACAUCUAUGCUCUUCUUCUGAGAUCGAGGCUGCUCUUGACAACAUUGGUCUUCCAGUUACAGCUAGACCUUCUGAUCUAAUUUUGGAUGAUUUCGUGAGAUUGCACAACCAUUUGACGAAAGUAUGACUAUAGAGUGCCUUCAAAAUGCCUAAGGAAUUGCUUGUUGGCAUGGUGUUGAACAGUUGAAGUAACUUAGGCCUGACCGCCUGAGAGUUGCUCUGCAGCUGUUUUUACCUUCAUGGAUUACAGGUGCCUUCAGCUCAGCUGCCGCAGCACAGGUUUGGUAUUCUGGCGUGCAGGCUGCAGUUCUCCUGCAUAGUUGAUCAUGUUCAAACUUCAAACCAACAGAUUUCCAUGCCAUGGAAAAUGCAGAAUCGUCCUGAAAAGAAGGGUGCUACAUCUACGUGUGCCGCGUAUUUACAGUUCACGAUCUAUGAUGUACAUAACGGGAUCUGCUGGUUCAUCCCUUCGCAAAUUAAAGAAGGCCAAAAGAUGCUGGAGCAAUGCGAAUGCAUAUCAAUGAUGGUUUGCCGGUGCAUGUGCAUAGCACCUAUUGAUAGAUAAAGAGGUCUUGUUGUAUUUUGUGCGUAGACGUCAAUCAGAAACUCUACUGAAUGGACAUCUUUGAUUUCUCUGAGUACAUGACAUCUUCGAAUAUUUCGGUCUCAUUGAAAUGUAUGAAAAAUAGAUGAAAUUUAGAGGAUUGGUAGCAUUUUCCUUCA